AUGGACCACCUCAAAGAAUUCACAGCCAAGGCUUUCAAGCUCAAAGGCUUUUCUUCUUCUUCUUCUUCUUCUUCUUCUUCUUCUUCUUCUUCUCAUGCACUCUUCUUCAAAUUUCCUUACGGUGACGAGGCGGAGUGGGAUUUGGUUUGUGGUCGAGAGAAUCUGGCUGAUGUCAUCAUUAGUGCCUACAAUGUUGGCAAACUGAUUGGAGCUUACAUUUUGCCGACGUUUGCAGACAAAUAUGGUCGAAAACCAAUCUACAUCAUUGCACAUAUAUUGUUGUCCGCUGUAAACAUCAUCAGUACGUUUGCACCUUCGUACAUAUUUUAUUUGUGCUGUAAAACAGUGGCUGGCUUCUUUGAAUCCGGAAUGGCAAUUUCAGGGCCGAUCAUGCUAACAGAACUGUUUCCAGCUGAAAAUCGAACUCUGAUAAUGAUUAUUGGUGGAAUAGCGUGGUCUGUAUUCGCCAUGCUUCUACCUCUUGUGGCUUAUAUCAUGGAACCUUUCGGCUGGCGCUAUCUCAAUACAUUCAUUGGCAUAAUGUCUACUUAUACAAUUUUUUUAAUAUGGACGUAUAACGAAUCAUUACGUUGGCUGUUGGCUACAAAUAAGUGGGACCGGGCAGAUUCAUUGAUCAAAAAGAUAUGUUGCACCAACAAAGUAGAUUAUCAUACGAUAGAACCACUUCUUACAUACCGAUGCAAGCUACGAAAGAAUGAUAAAGAGGAGACCGAAGAAAAAGCAACUGAAGAUAUAAACACGUCAUUGAUCUCUUUGAAGAAUUCUGUGGAUAAUGAACAAAAGGAACCAGAAGAGAAAAAAAACAGAUGGAUUCCCGGGGUAGUAUAUAUCUUUCUCAAACCCACUCUACGUAGUAUCUUGCUGGUGUGUAUGUACUUAUGGUUCGUCAGCGCUUUGGUAUACUACGGACUCUAUAUUACAUUAAACAGCCUCACUGGAAAUAAAUUCUUUAACUUUUUCUUAAAUGCUCUAAUGGAGUUUGCCGCAAACAUUUUUUCAAUGAAGUUAAUGUUCAGAUGGGGUCGAAAGAAAUCCUGCACAAUCUUCCAAACAAUGUCUGGUCUCAGUAUAAUAACUGCUGUGAUCCUUAAGCAUUUCUCAGGUGGCAAUUAUGAAAUGCAAAUUGGAUCCACUGUAUUUUCUUUGCUGGGCAUGUUUUCAAUUUCAGCUGCUUUCCUGAUUAUUUGGCUCUACACACCAGAAAUGUUCCCCACUGACCUCAGAAAUGUUGGUAUGGCCACUUCAACCACUGCUUCUCGUAUCGGAAACAUGUUGGCACCGUUCAGUAAUACUUUGGCGCGAUAUGUACCAUGGUGUCCUGGAGUCAUCUUUGGCGGUUUCUGUUUAAUGUGUAAUGUUUUUAUUACCUUACUGCCGGAGACAGCCCACCGGCAAUUGCCCCAAACCACGGAAGAUGUUGAAGAAUGGCGAAGGGAGAGUCGAGAAAAGAAAAAGAGUAAAAAAACUAGAAGUACUAAAAUCUCAGAUAAAAACUUACAAGAGGAAAGCAUUCAGGAGUUGUAA